UGUGCCGCGCGGAAAGCCCUGCCGUAGCCCGCGCCCGCAGCCGCUGUCCAGCCCGCUCGCUCCGCGCCCCGAAGCCACGCCGCGCUCUCCUCGCCUCCACCCGCGGGAGGGGAAAGGGCUGAGUGGGGCAUCAGACGCUGCUCGCCAUGGAUGCUCACCGGGCCCUGCUCUCAGCAGUCUUCCUCAUCAGUUUUCUAUGGGAUUUACCCGGUUUCCAGCAGGCUUCUAUCUCAUCCUCCACUUCCACCUCGUCCUCUUCGUCCUCGUCCUCGUCCGCCGAGCUGGGCUCAGCCAAGGGCAUGAGGAGCCGCAAGGAAGGGAAGAUGUCCCGGGCGCCGCGAGAGAGCGCCGCGGGCCAGGGGCACCCGGAGCAGGCGGACGAGCCUCCGCGGCAAGAGCGUCCGCAGCCUGCACGCCAGGAGCAGCAGCCCGAGCAGCCCAGUUCUCAGCAGCGGCAGCCUGAGGCUCACGGGCAGCUGGUUAGGAGUCCCCGGGUGGUGCCCCAUGAGUACAUGCUAUCCAUUUACAGGACCUAUUCCAUCGCAGAAAAACUGGGGAUCAAUGCCAGCUUCUUCCAAUCCUCCAAGGCUGCCAAUACUAUCACUAGUUUUGUAGAUAGGGGACGAGACGAUCUCUCGCACACUCCUCUCAGGAGACAGAAGUAUUUGUUUGAUGUGUCGACGCUCUCAGACAAAGAAGAGCUGGUGGGCGCGGAGCUGCGGCUGUUUCGCCAGGCGCCCCCGGCUUCCCCCGGGCCCCCGGGCGGCCCGCUCCACGUGCAGCUCUUCUCCUGCCUGUCCCCACGAAUGCUGGACGCCCGGACCCUCGACCCGCAGGGGGCGCCCCAAGCCGGCUGGGAGGUCUUCGACGUGUGGCAGGGCCUGCGCCGCCACCAGCCCUGGAAGCAGCUCUUGGAGCUGAGGGUCGCCUGGGGGGAGCCCGGCGGGGAGACCCCGCCGUCAUCCCCACCGCCUCAGGCUGAGCCGCCCCUGGACCUGCGGAGCCUGGGCUUCGGCCGGAGGGUGCGGCCGCCGCAGGAGCGCGCCCUGCUCGUCGUGUUCACCAAAUCCAAGCGCAAGAACCUGUUUGCCGAGAUGCGCGAGCAGCUGGGAGCCGCCGCCGUCACGGCCACGGCCGCGGCGGGGGGCGAGGGCGCGUGGCUGCCUCCCUCGCCGUCGCCCCCGCCGCUGUCGCCGCCCGCGGGCGUCCAAGAGUGGGGGCUGGCCUCGCAGGGCCGCCGGCGGCGGCGCACUGCCUUCGCCAGUCGUCACGGCAAGCGGCACGGGAAGAAGUCGCGGCUGCGCUGCAGCAAGAAGCCCCUGCACGUGAACUUCAAGGAGUUGGGCUGGGACGACUGGAUUAUCGCUCCCCUCGAGUACGAGGCGUACCACUGCGAGGGGGUGUGUGACUUUCCCCUCCGCUCCCACCUGGAGCCCACCAACCACGCUAUCAUCCAGACCCUUAUGAACUCCAUGGAUCCCGGCUCCACCCCACCCAGCUGCUGCGUGCCCACCAAAUUGACUCCCAUUAGCAUCCUCUACAUCGACGCGGGCAACAACGUGGUCUAUAAGCAGUACGAGGACAUGGUAGUGGAGUCCUGCGGCUGUAGGUAGCGCCGCCUUUCCCGCCGUCUCGGCCCGGGGACGGGAGGGGAGGACUGCAAAAGGGAGAAGGAGAGCUGCCCGACGGAAGGGGGGAAAUCACCCCGAAAAAUGGACCUGGAAGACUGCAGGAGAGGAUGAGUAGGAGGGGGAAGCGGAGUGAGGUGGUGGCCUUGGGGCACUGACCGCAUUGGAGUCUGCCUUGGACACUUCCUUUCACCUAGAGAGAGGGAAAUGGACUUUCACACCUUGCCUGGCGACCCUGGAAAACAAGUCGAGGAUUUGCUUCGUGUUUGUUGUCAUUGCUUUUUCAAUUUCCUUGAAGCACCUGUGUGUCUCACGGGUUUUUAAUAGGGGUGGGGAGAGGAAACAGCUCUGUGUUUCACAGCUGUCCCAUGGAUUGAAAAUUAUUAUUUACAAAGAAAACGGGGUGUGUGUUGGGGCGGGGGAGGGAGGAGAUUCACCUCUAACCACAUCCCGAUCUUCUCUGUUUUUGGACCAUGCCGAGUUUUGUAUUUCCUUUCUGGGUGAAGUCAACUUGCCUUGUGGCCAUCCAAACAGAAUAUCCUAAAACAGCAAAAUCUCUCCCCCUUCCCAAGACCCAGAAUCUUUUCCCCCUAAAAGCUCCACCUUCCAAGACAAUUUUAGUAUGAGUGGGUCAAGAACUCAAAUGGCCUGAAUCUCUUUCUUACUCAAUCUGACACCUCCUCCCCGAUCACCCCCAGCUUCCGACGACUGCCCACAGUCCCUUUCUUAGUACUGUCAGAAUCCAAUUGUGGGGCUCCAGUUCUGAGGAGAUAUGGGUUAUUUUGCAAGCUUUCCUUUUUUUUUUUUGUGGGGAGCUGGGGAGUUCAUGCCUGAUAGAGUGACAAGAAUCGGUUCAAGCCAGGGAUAGUUUAGGUCGGAUAAUGGACAGAGCCAGGAGAGAAAAGAGGCAAGGCCCCCCCAGUGAAAUUGUUCCCCCCCUCCCCUUCCCUCCCUUCCCCCUCCUCCUCCUCCCCUUAGCUGCCUCUUUCUUUCAGGAUUAUCUGAUGAUCCAUGUCUCCUUCUAGGUGAAGGCAAUUUCCCAAGUACAAAAAACAAUCAAGUGAAAGGAGAGAGGGGGAUGGGUGGGUUAGGGAG